ACUAUAACCGGAUUAAAAACCCCUAAUUUCGACCUAAACUUUGCCAUUAAUAGAUAUCUCAAACACAACUCUCAAAACUUCCCCUGUUUGGUCUGAAACCGCAACUAACCCUAAUCUCACAUCACAUCACAAAACACACCACAUAGCCGCAAAAUUUAAUGGCAGACGUCAAGAUUCAAUCCGAAUCCAAAUCCUCGGAUUCUCAGCCCUUGGUGGUCGACAAUCAACCUCCUCCACCGUCGCAACCACUGGUUGAAGAAGAGGAUAAUCAACCAAAAACAUCUCCGACUCCGCCGCCACACUGGAUGCGUUAUCCACCACCGGUGCUUAUGCCUCACCAGAUGAUGUACGCGCCGCCGCUGCCGCCUCUGUUCUCUCCUUAUCAUCAAUAUCCGAAUCACCAUCAUUCUCGUGGUAACAACAACAAUAAGUAUCAAAACGCUUCUAAUGGUGAGAAUAAGACCAUUUGGGUUGGUGAUUUGCAUCAUUGGAUGGAUGAGGCUUAUCUUAAUUCUUCUUUUGCUUCUGACGGCGGCGAGAUUGUUUCGGUGAAGGUGAUUCGUAAUAAGCACACUGGUUUAUCAGAAGGAUAUGGAUUUGUGGAGUUUGAGUCCCAUGAUGUAGCUGAUAAGGUUUUGCAGGAGUUUAAUGGAAUGACUAUGCCAAAUACUGAGCAACCUUUUCGUUUAAACUGGGCUAGUUUUAGCACUGGUGAGAAGCGGUUAGAGAACAAUGGACCUGAUCUCUCUAUUUUCGUUGGGGAUUUGGCGCCGGAUGUUUCGGAUACUUUGUUGCACGAAAUGUUCUCUGAGAAGUAUCCGUCGGUUAAAGCUGCGAAAGUUGUCAUUGAUGCUAAUACUGGAAGAUCAAAGGGGUAUGGGUUUGUGAGGUUUGGUGAUGAAAAUGAAAGGACCAAAGCAAUGACGGAGAUGAAUGGUGUUAAGUGUUCUAGUAGAGCUAUGCGUAUCGGUCCUGCUACCCCGAGGAAGAUUAAUGGUUAUCAACAACAAGGUGGAUACAUGCCAAAUGGCGCCUUGACGCGUCCUGAUGGGGAGACAUUGAACACAACAAUAUUUGUUGGAGGACUUGACUCUAGUGUCACUGACGACGACCUAAGGCAACCUUUCUCUGAAUUCGGGGAAAUAGUCUCUGUCAAGAUCCCUGUUGGUAAAGGAUGUGGAUUUGUUCAAUUUGUUAACAGACCAAAUGCAGAGGAGGCUUUGGAGAAACUAAAUGGGACUGUAAUUGGAAAACAAACAGUUCGGCUUUCUUGGGGACGUAAUCCAGCCAAUAAGCAGCCUAGAGAUAAGUAUGGAAACCAAUGGGUUGCUCCGUACUAUGAAGGACCAUAUUACAAUGGGUAUGGAUACAUGGUACCGCAACCUGACUCGAGAAUGUAUCCCGCUGCACCUUACGGAGGGUACCCAAUGUACGGUGGUCAUCAGCAACAAGUUAGCUGAGGAAACUAAAAGCUUAAUCUGAGC